UGCUCCCUCCUCCCACAGCUCUAAACUGCAGUCAGACCUGUCCCAGGCUUCACCUGCUGUAAGCCGGGAAACACCUGAAGAAACACACAAAUGGCAGCCAUGGGUCUCCCAGAGCCCUCCGGGUCCUUGUUACUCUCCCUCACCGCCAUCCCCAUUGCCUACAUGGUGAACUCCAUGUCAGCCGUGUCUGACCCCCUUGUUGUAGCUGGCGUCGGAGUGCUGGUGCUCUUGGCUUUGUUUGUCGUCUUAUAUUUCUUUGCACAAGGAAACCCACCUAAAGAUCCUCUAUUUUAUGUUUUUGCAAUCUUCUCCUUCACGAGUGUCAUUGACUUAAUAAUAUGGAUGGAAGAAGAUGGCUACAUCAGCGGAUUUAUGGAGUUCUACAUGAAGGAGGGGGAGCCAUACCUCCGUACUGCACAUGGAAUGCUCAUUUGCCUAUGGGAUGGGACUGCACAUUACUUGCUGUACUUGAUUAUGCUGGGAGCAAUUGCCCGUGGGACAAACUACAAGACAGUGGGGCUUUACUGGCUGGGCUCACUGGUUAUGAGCAUGGUGGUCUUUUUGCCUGGGAAUGUGGUCGGGAAGUAUGGGACAGAAGUACGCCCUGCCUUCAUCCUUAAUGUCCCCUACCUGUUUCUUCCUGUCUGGGCAGGAAUGAGAAUAUUCAGAUCAAAGCACAACUUUACAAAAAUACCAGCUGAAAAGGUGUCAGUGGCACACAAUGAAGGAAUUUUUCAACGCCCAAAAGAUAUUGUACUGAUUGUGUAUCUCUUAGGAGCUAUUAUAUUUACUCUUUUUAGAGGCCUGCUGGCACUGGACUGCCCUUCCGAUUCUUGCUUUACCUAUAUCUACCAAUAUGAGCCAUAUAUAAGAGACCCUGUGGCUUAUCCUAAAGUUCAGAUGUUGGUAAAUAUGUUCUACCUACUCCCAUUUCUGUGUGUGUCCAUCUAUGGUCUGCUGGUUCCUGGCUGUACAUGGAUGUUGGACUGGACAGUUGUCUAUGCUGGUGCAAUGGCACAGGCUCAGUUUGCUCACAUAGGAUCUUCAGUCUACCACCGAACACCAUAUACUUAUCGUGUCCCUCGAGAAGCAUGGUGGGAGUUCAUGAUAGUGAAUGUUCUGUACACCCUUGGGAUGCAGCUACUGGCUUUCCGAUGUAUUCAAAGCCCAGCCUACUUUCUCAGAGACAUAAAGCAAACUGUAGAGGAAGGCAAGAAACAGGAUUAAUAGGAUUUGUUAUUGGACUACGACGCUUCUUAAGUAAGCCUUGAACAGGGCUUUUGACGGCUUACAGGACUCUAGGCUUUUAUCUUAAUGUUGUUGAAGAAGCAAAUAAGGACACGUUAACCUUAGGAGGGACUCUGCAAUAAUGUUUUCUGUGUUUUGCACUGGAUUUCUGCUAAUAAACGGUGAAAAC